UAAUGGCACUGAUUCAUGGGGGGAAAGCAGAACUUCACUUCCGAGACAAAAACGGGAGCCCAUGAUGGAGAAAAUGGUUCCUUGGACCUGAAGGAAACAAAGCUGAUCAAACGUGAAUCUGAAAAAUGUGAUGAAAUGAGAACAAACGUUAUCGACCCGUGGGCGUCUGUGGUAUCAGAACUGCAGCUUUCAGACAUAAGUGAUGACGUGGGUACUUGCUGGCGUGAGUUGGGACCAAAGCUUGAUAUCUCUGCAGCAAAGAUCCAAAACCUGGACGACGAUUAUCGCUGUAGUCGCGACAAAGCGAACAAUCUCCUCCUCAUGUGGAAACAGAAAGAAGGGCGAAGUGCAGUGGCAGGGCGUCUGGCGGAUGCUUUAGAAAGCAUUGGAAAAAAAUGCAUCGCAGAGAAGCUGCUCGGUGAGUAG